GCCGAGCCCGCCCCUCACCUGCCGCCCGGGAGGGGCGGGCAUUGUUCGCCCGUCGCCACCGCCGCCGCCACCAGCGCGCGGGCCAUGGGGGCCGCCGGGCGCCCCGGGCCGGGCCUGGCGAGGCCGCCGCCCUGCCGGCCCUGAUCCGGGGCGCAGGUGACUGCCGGGGGCCCGCCAUGGGGGACCCGGUGGGCUUCGCCGAGGCGUGGCGGGCGCAGUUCCCGGCCUCGGAGCCGCCGCGCAUGGAGCUGCGCUCGGUGGGCGACAUCGAGCGGGAGCUGGAGCGCUGCAAGGCCUCCAUCCGGCGCCUGGAGCAGGAGGUGAACCAGGAGCGCUUCCGCAUGAUCUACCUGCAGACGCUGCUGGCCAAGGAGAAGAAGAGCUACGAUCGCCAGCGCUGGGGCUUCCGGCGCGCCCCGCCGACCCCCGACGCCGCCGCCGCCGCCGAAGAGCCCGAGGCCCGGCCCGACGGGGAGGGCUUCCCGGGCCAGGCGCGGCCCGCGGGCGCCCGCAGGCCCGGGGCCGCCGAGCGCGAGGAGCGCGGGGAGCGCGGGGCGCCCUGCACCAGCGUGGCGGCGCUGCGCUCCAACUUCGAGAGGAUCCGCCAGGGCCCCGGGGCCGCGGACGCGGACAAGCCCUUCUACGUGAACGUCGAGUUCCACCACGAGCGCGGCCUGGUGAAGGUCAACGACAAAGAGGUGUCGGAGCGCAUCAGCUCCCUGGGCAGCCAGGCCAUGCAGAUGGAGCGCAAGAAGGCCCUGCAGGGCGCGGGGCCUCCCCCACCUCGGGCGCGCCCCUCCGAGGGCGGCUGCGGCCCGGACGGCGACUACGAGGACGCCGAGCUGAACCCGCGCUUCCUGAAGGACAAUCUGAUCCAGGCCAACGGCGGCAGCAGGCCCCCCUGGCCGCCCCUGGAGUACCAGCCCUACCAGAGCGUCUACGUCGGGGGCAUGAUGGUGGACGGGGAGGGCAAGGGCGCGCUGCAGCGCAGCCAGAGCGCGUCGGAGCAGGAGAGGCGCCUCACCUGGCCGCGCAGGUCCUACUCCCCCCGCAGCUUCGAGGACAGCGGGGGCGGCUACACCCCGGAUUGCAGCUCCAACGAGAACCUCACGUCGAGCGAGGAGGACUUCUCCUCCGGCCAGUCCGGCCGCGUGUCCCCGAGCCCCACCACCUACCGCUUGUUCCGGGACAAGAGCCGCUCGCCGUCGCAGAACUCGCAGCAAUCCUUCGACAGCAGCAGCCCCCCGACGCCCCAGUGCCCCAAGCGGCAGCGUCCGGGCCAGGUGGUGGUGUCCGAAGCCACCAUCGUGGGCGUCCGCAAGACAGGGCAGAUCUGGCCCAGCGACGGGGAUGGCUUCUCGGGCAGGGGGCCCCUGGACGACACCUGCCACGGAGACGCAGAUGCUUCAUUUGGAAUGCCACCCGGCGGCUACGGCAACACCCCCGACCCGGCCGAGGAGCAGGGUCGGCACCAGGAGGGGCUCCCCUAUAUUGAUGACUCCCCAUCUUCCUCCCCUCAGCUCAGCAGCAAAAGCCGGGGCGGCCGGGAUGCACUGGAGGCCACCAAAGGGAGUGAGCUGGACUUGGAGAAGGGCUUGGAGAUGAGGAAGUGGGUCCUGUCUGGAAUCCUGGCGAGCGAGGAGACUUACCUGAGCCAUCUGGAGGCUCUGCUGCUGCCCAUGAAGCCUUUGAAAGCCGCGGCCACCACCUCCCAGCCGGUGCUGACGAGCCAGCAGAUCGAGACCAUCUUCUUCAAGGUGCCCGAGCUCUACGAGAUCCACAGGGAGUUCUACGACGGGCUGCUCCCCCGCGUGCAGCAGUGGGGCCACCAGCAACGUGUGGGCGACCUCUUCCAGAAGCUGGCCAGCCAGCUGGGCGUGUACCGGGCCUUCGUGGACAACUAUGGGGUUGCCAUGGAAACAGCCGAGAAGUGCUGCCAGGCCAACGCACAGUUUGCAGAAAUCUCGGAGAACCUGAGAGCACCCAGCAACAAGGAGUCCAAAGACCAGGCGACCAAGAAUUCUCUGGAAACCCUGCUCUACAAGCCCGUGGACCGAGUCACCCGCAGCACCCUCGUUCUGCACGAUUUGCUGAAGCACACGCCAGCCGGGCACCCUGACCACCCCCUGCUGCAGGACGCUCUCCGCAUCUCCCAGAACUUCCUGUCCAGCAUCAAUGAGGAGAUCACGCCCCGGCGGCAAUCCAUGACAGUGCAGAAGGGGGAGCACCGGCAGCUGCUGAGGGACAGCUUCAUGGUGGAGCUGGUGGAGGGUGCCCGCAAGCUGCGCCACGUCUUUCUGUUCACCGACCUGCUCCUGUGCACCAAGCUCAAGAAGCAGAGCGGAGGCAAAACCCAGCAGUAUGACUGCAAAUGGUACAUUCCGCUGAUGGAUCUCAGCUUCCAGACGCUGGAUGAGUCGGAGGCAGCGCCCAACAUUCCACUGGUGCCCGACGAGGAGCUGGACUCCCUGAAGGUCAAGAUCUCGCAGAUCAGGAGCGACAUCCAGAGGGAGAAGAGAGCGAACAAGGGCAGUAAAGCCAUUGAGAGGCUCAAGAAGAAACUCUCCGAGCAGGAGUCUCUGCUUCUGCUCACGUCCCCAAACAUGGCCUUCCGGGUGCACAACCGUAAUGGCAAGAGUUACACAUUCCUGAUUUCGUCUGACUAUGAGCGCGCCGAGUGGAGGGAGAACGUUCGGGAACAGCAGAAGAAAUGUUUCAAAAGCUUCUCCCUGACUUCGGUGGAGCUGCAGAUGUUGACCAACUCGUGCGUCAAGCUGCAGACGGUGCACAGCAUCCCGCUCACCAUCAACAAGGAAGACGAUGAAUCUUCUGGGCUCUGUGGGUUCCUGAACGUGAUCGUCCACUCGGCCACAGGAUUUAAGCAGAGUUCAAAUCUGUACUGCACGCUGGAGGUGGAUUCCUUCGGCUAUUUUGUGAAUAAAGCAAAGACCCGUGUCUACCGGGACACGGCCGAGCCAAACUGGAAUGAGGAGUUUGAGAUAGAGCUGGAGGGCUCCCAGACCUUGAGGAUCCUGUGCUACGAGAAGUGCUACAGUAAGACGAAGCUCCCCAAAGAGGAUGGCGAGAGCACGGACAGGAUCAUGGGGAAGGGCCAGGUGCAGCUGGAUCCCCAGGCCCUGCAGGAUAAGGACUGGCAGCGGACGGUCAUCGCCAUGAACGGGCUCGAAGUGAAGCUCUCGGUCAAGUUCACCAGUAGGGAGUUCAGCCUGAAGAGGAUGCCCUCUCGCAAGCAGACGGGGGUCUUCGGAGUCAAGAUCGCUGUGGUCACCAAGAGGGAGCGGUCCAAGGUGCCCUACAUCGUGCGCCAGUGCGUGGAGGAGAUCGAGCGCCGGGGCAUGGAGGAGGUGGGCAUUUACCGCGUGUCCGGUGUGGCCACCGACAUCCAGGCGCUGAAGGCGGCCUUUGACCUCAAUAACAAGGAUGUUUCGGUGAUGAUGAGUGAGAUGGACGUCAACGCCAUCGCGGGGACACUCAAACUGUACUUCCGGGAGCUGCCCGAGCCCCUCUUCACCGACGAGUUCUACCCCAGCUUCGCCGAGGGCAUUGCCCUCUCGGACCCCGUUGCGAAGGAGAGCUGUAUGCUCAACCUCCUGCUGUCUCUCCCAGAGGCCAACCUGCUCACCUUCCUCUUCCUUGUGGACCACUUGAAAAGGGUGGCAGAAAAGGAGACGGUGAACAAGAUGUCCCUGCACAACCUGGCCACCGUCUUUGGCCCCACGCUGCUCCGGCCCUCGGACAAGGAGACCAAGCCCCCCGCCAACCCCGGGCAGCCCAUCAGCAUGUCCGACAGUUGGUCACUGGAGGUCAUGUCCCAGGUCCAGGUGCUGCUGUACUUUCUGCAGCUGGAGGACAUCCCAGCCCCAAACAGCAAGAGGCAAAGCAUCCUGUUCUCCACCGAAGUCUAAAGGCCCGAUGCCCACCCCUAGACAUCCUGGAAACCUCUGGCACAUUGGGCCGUCCACAGAGCAAGAGCUGGAACCUUCUGGAGGUGUGAUUCGGCCGCCCCCAAGAUUUGUGGGCCAUCUGCCAAGACACAACUGACUGACCACCCCAAGCAAGAGGGAAGGGGGUCCUGGAGGGUCUCCAAGCCCUGGACCGGCCUCGUGCACCGUGGUUCUCCAAAUUUCCACCAGAGGCCACCGGGAGAGUUCCACCCCGCCGGUCAAGGUGGUGGUUUGUUUUUUUUUUAAUGAACUUUUAACUUAUCAGAGUAUAAAAGAUUUCUACUGGAUCAUUCGUCAAGAUGCACCCUCUCCGGGGAGAAGGGAACCCAAGCGGAUUCCUUCGCUCCUGUGUCUUGAAUAAACGCUGCUGCUUCUGUCUUC